AAGGUGAGCGGUUGGGCCGCGUGGGAGCAUCGGGUGAGCGGUCUGUGGUGCGGCAUGGCUGACCGUGGGUCGCUCUGGCGGGGGCCUGUUCCCUUUGAGCACGGGGCUGAGAGUGGCGCGAUGACUGGGUCAAAUGAAUUUAAAUUGAACCAGCCACCAGAAGAUGGAAUCUCGUCAGUGAAAUUCAGUCCUAACACAUCUCAGUUUCUGCUUGUUUCAUCAUGGGAUACUACAGUUCGAUUGUAUGAUGUCCCAGCCAACUCCAUGAGACUUAAGUAUCAACACACAGGAGCUGUACUUGACUGUGCUUUUUAUGACCCUACACAUGCAUGGAGCGGAGGAUUAGAUCGACAGUUAAAAAUGCAUGACUUGAACACUGAUCAAGAAAAUCUUGUUGGCACCCAUGAUGCUCCUAUCAGAUGUGUGGAAUAUUGUCCAGAGGUGAAUGUAAUGGUAACUGGAAGUUGGGAUCAAACUGUUAAAUUAUGGGAUCCCAGAACACCCUGUAAUGCAGGAACAUUUUCUCAACCAGAAAAGGUGUAUACAUUGUCUGUAUCUGGUGAUAGAUUGAUUGUGGGAACAGCUGGUCGGAGAGUUCUGGUAUGGGACUUGCGGAACAUGGGCUAUGUUCAACAGAGAAGAGAAUCAAGUCUUAAAUAUCAGACCCGUUGUAUCAGAGCAUUUCCCAACAAACAAGGUUAUGUGUUAAGCUCUAUAGAAGGUCGUGUUGCAGUUGAGUAUUUGGAUCCAAGUUUGGAGGUUCAGAAGAAGAAAUAUGCUUUCAAAUGUCACAGACUGAAGGAGAACAACAUUGAGCAGAUUUAUCCAGUAAAUGCCAUCUCGUUUCACAAUGUCCACAAUACAUUUGCUACAGGUGGUUCUGAUGGCUUCGUAAAUAUUUGGGAUCCAUUCAAUAAAAAAAGACUUUGCCAGUUCCACCGCUAUCCUACCAGUAUAGCAUCACUUGCCUUCAGUAAUGAUGGAACUACCCUUGCAAUAGCAUCAUCAUAUAUGUAUGAAAUGGAUGACAUUGAACAUCCUGAAGAUGGUAUCUACAUUCGCCAAGUGACAGAUGCCGAAACAAAACCCAAAUAGAAAGUGUUGUGGCUAUGUCCUUCUGCCUUGGCAUUUUAGAAGUCCUCUCCAAAAUGUGACCUGUCAGCUGUACCUGCAAUCUUGAAAAAAAUUUAAUGUCACAGAAAAUCUGUUAUAAGCAGUCAUAGUGUUGCAAAGCUCUAGCCAUGUUUAAGCCCUGACUUGGAUAGCCCAGGUUAGCCUGAUCUUAUCAGAUCCCAGAAACUAAGCAGGGUUGGUCAUGACUAUUUGGAUGGUACACCAACAAGGAAUAUCAAGGUUGCUAUUCAAAGGACGGCAAUGGCAAACCAUUCAUGUAAGUCUCUUGCCUUGAAAACCCUACUGGGUUGCCACAAGAUGACUGUGAUUUGAUGGUACCUUAUACACACAGCCAUAUCUAAAUCCUAGUUUUGUUUAGGGCUAGAUAUACUUUUCAGUGUUUUAGUUAUAGGCACCACUGACUAUGUUCGCUUAGCUUGGGGGAGGGGGGAUAUAGUAAAAUUCAUGUUUUUAUAUUGUUAAUAUUUGAAUUUACUUCCCACAUUAUACUUUUCGUUAAUGGAAAUACUUAUGCAAUUGAGUUUCAUUGAAAAGAAUGGUAAUAUGAGAAGCAGCCCUUGGUGGACUGGAGACUCUGCCAGAUGACUUUGUCUUCAGCUGUUUCUUUGCUUGCAUUAUGUUUGCUAAUUAUAGGGAUGCUUCACUCUGCUUUCUUAGGAGGUUAAUCUACAAUUAAAUAAUAUUUCCUCUUGGCUGUCCAUUAUUUUUUGAAACAGAUGGUUCAUCAUUUCCUGGGUUGUUAAACACAGCAAGGUUAAGGUUAGACUCUUGGGACUCUGUUAAUUUUGAAUCUUAUUACAGGAUGUAGAAGCAAAACUAAUAAGAAUAGUACUUAAUAUCAUUUUGUGGCUGCAAACAAUUAUUUAUUAGCAAACAAUUGAUCCCAGAAGGGCAGAUUGUUUGAGCUGGUAAUGAACUGAGACAAGGCAGAGCAUCUCUGUAUAUUUGCAAAAUAAUUGUAACGUAAUUGCAAUGCAUUUAGGCAGGCAUCUUUUUGGACUUGUUUCUUCCUUUAAACGGAUUUCUGAAUAUUAUUAUGUCUUUUUGACAUCAGUUGUUUAUGCUUGCCUUUAGCUGCACGCUUAAGAACUCAUACAGAGAUCCAUGGUAGUAGGUUUUUUUUAACAAAAAAACUUUCAGUUGGGAAAGGGGUUUGGGGGAAUUGACACCUUCCCCACAUUUGGAGGGUUUUAGUAUAAUUAUAAUGCCAUAAUCAUGACUUAACUGUUGAGGAAUUUGUAAAGUCAAGGAGGUGGUAAAAAUCUUGUUUUUAUUUUUUUUAAUGUUUAUUGGCAUUUCAAAACUCAAGUGGCUAACUAAAAUAUUGUUUUA